AUGAAUAUUCAACAAAAAAAUACUACAGUGUCAAGUAGCCAACAAUCCAGUGUCAAUAAUCCACGACCGUUGCCACCAAUGAUAACUACUGACCAACAACAGCAACAACGUGAGAAAUCAAGUAAAAAGAAGAGACGAACAACUAAGAGAUGUCAUGGUAAUCAAAAACUACGGCGUUUUAAAAAGAAAUGUGUGAAAAGAGGACUGAACAGAGAAGAAAUACAGAAACGAAUCGAUGAAUAUAAUUGUAAGAAAAAUGCAAAUCAAGUAUCAAAUGAAGGUACUGAACAAAUGGAAGUAACUACAACGACGAAAAAUAAAGAAACUAAAAGAAAAUCAAACAAACGUAAACGAAUGUCAACUUCGAUAAGUUUACGAUCUAUUACACAACCAGUGCCAAAAAAAAUAAAGAGAAAAAGUGUAUCAACAAUCAAUCCGAUGUCGAAACAAACGAAUUAUCAAUUACCAAAAUAUUUGAAAAAAUCACCAAAUGUACUUUUUCAAUCUUUACGUUUACAAUUAGAUCAAAAGUUAAAUACGAAGGUUCAACAAAGAUUUCUUCAUUAUCGUCUUCAAUUGAUUGAUCAACAACAUCGUUUAAAUCUUCAUCAAAAUUUGUGGCAAUCUUAUUGUACUCUAGGCUGUGAACAACAAAUAUGGCCAGUAAGCUUUUCUUCAAUAUAUGAUUAUUUUCAUAACAAAAAUCCUUUUUUU